AUGUAUCUCCACUCGCAGCUACAAACUACUUGGACUAGUAUCACAACCAGAUACAGGCCUGGUUUCAUCGAACUUGUGGCGAAUGUUCUGAUUCAAAUCUUCGGAUUCAUCAUACCAGCAACUGUUUACAUGCUUAUCGAUGUUGCUUUCCCGAAGUUCUCGCAGCGCCACAAGAUACAAGGCGCUCGCCGACAGCCGACUCGCCAACAAAUUCUGCAUUGCAUCAGGAUUUCCCUUUUCAACCACGCUCUAUCAUUGGCCAUCCACGGCAUGAUGCUCUACAUAGUGGGCUUUGAUAAUUCACUUAUGAAUUUGGACGCAACCAUACCCUCUCUGAAGACCUUUGUCGGGGAUUUCUUCUUUGCGCUACUGGCGCGAGAGGUCUUAUUCUACUAUGUCCAUCGCGCCUUUCAUCAUCCCAGCAUAUAUGCCUAUAUUCAUAAGAUGCACCACAAAUACAUCACACCAGUGGCAUUCGCAGCCGAGUAUGCUCAUCCGAUUGAGCAUAUUCUGGCUAAUGUCUUGCCAAUUACACUGCCUCUGUAUCUAAAAGGCGCGCAUGGCCUCUCCAUUAUGGCUUUUGUCACCUUCGAGCUCUGGGAGGCCGCGGCUGACCACAGUGGGUAUGACUUUUUGAAACUUCCACCUGCUGAGUUGCAUGAUCUACAUCACGAGAAGUUUCGUGUCAACUAUGGGACUAUCGGCUUGAUGGACUGGAUUCACGGAACUGAUACUGUGGGGUGGGACCGGCCGAAGGGAGGGAAGGUAAAAAGAGCGAAUGAAUGA